AAUGUGAAUAAAUCAAUGAACCGUCGGACAAUGUAUGUAAUACCAUUCAGUAUGGGUCCUAUUGGAUCACCCCUUUCAAAGAUUGGUAUUCAACUUACAGACUCACCCUAUGUGGUUGCUAGUAUGAGGAUUAUGACAAGGAUGGGGAAGGAAGUCUUGGAUAUUCUUGGAGAAGGAGAAUUUGUGAAAUGUCUGCAUUCAGUUGGGAGGCCGCUUCCAUUGAAAGAGCCUCUGACAAAUAACUGGCCCUGUGACCCAGAGAGGACAAUCGUCUCUCAUAUUCCUGACCGUAGGGAGAUCUGCUCCUUCGGCAGUGGAUAUGGAGGAAACUCGCUUCUUGGAAAGAAGUGCUUUGCUCUGCGUAUUGCAUCAAGGAUUGCAAAAGACGAGGGUUGGCUGGCUGAACACAUGCUGAUUCUUGGACUGACAAAUCCUCAGGGUGAGAAGAAGUAUGUUGCAGCAGCGUUUCCUAGCGCCUGCGGCAAGACAAAUCUGGCAAUGCUUAACCCUACCAUCCCUGGCUGGAAGGCAGAGUGUGUUGGUGACGACAUUGCCUGGAUGAAGUUUGAUAGUAAUGGUAGGCUUCGUGCCAUCAAUCCUGAAGCAGGGUUCUUUGGUGUUGCACCAGGUACAUCAAAUUCAACAAACCCCAAUGCAAUGGCCACUAUUGAGAGCAAUACUAUAUUCACAAAUGUAGCUGAGACCAGUGAUGGCAAGUUUUACUGGGAAGGACUGGAGAAAGAAACACCAGAUGUAAGUAGACUGUGUUACCAACAAAUGGUUUUCUCCAAAAUACAUCUAUUAGGUAGUUUUUCUUUAAAAAAAAAUAGGGAAUACAUUGUAGGUGCUAAAGUACUUUGAGCAGGGCAAGAUUUUAGAAGUAAAAGUACCUCAGAGUAGUGAUAUGACAGUUAAUGAGUUGAAAUUUAAUCCAUUGUCCAUGUAAGCACUUCAAUCACAUGAAAUCUUUGCCUAGAGAAGUUAGCAUGUAACUUACCAUUCAUUGUAGGCCUGAGCCAUAUUAUUUUUGUGUUCGACAGCUUUAAUUCGCUUGACAUCGAUGCAUCGAAUUUGGAAGGCGGGAAAAUCAAGUUAAUUUUUUGCUCCGUCGAUGCACGUACUGCGACAGUAUGCACUGAGAGGAGUUUAUUAGCAUUGCACAUGCAGAUAACAGUGUAAAGUUUGUAUUUUCCAUGAUCACAGAAUAAGUAGCCAUGCAGAAUUCCAAAGAUAUCUCAAACAAUGAUAUUUGCAGAUGACAACAUACAAACAUUUGAAAUUAAAUAGUAUAAAAGACAUGAAUCACACAGAGUUCGUCCAAAUGACUCUCGGUCAACUAGCGUUUGCAGUCCAGACUUGCACACACUCACAGCCCUGCACAC